UUUCUACUCCGUUAAUUCAUGGCGCCCUUCUCCUUCGUCGGUUACCGGAGACAUGCGACCUUCGUGUAGCAACAGCUUCGGAAUCUCAUCCCUCCGAUGCUUCAGUGCGACUGUCUCGUUCUUCUCUGAACAAAAACUCAGUAAUUUUGACGAGCUUGUCCUGAAAUUAGCGAGAAGAGGCUUAGACAGUUGCUGUUCUUGGUGCAAAGGAGCCCCUGCAGAGUUUUCUAAAACCCUAGCCCCUAAAUUGAACCAAAUUAGGGGUUUGCGUAAAACGUUCCGUACAAUUCGAUGGGUCGUUCUCGUGCAGUCCCUCAGCCCGCCGACGAAGAUCCUACCCAAAGCCGAUCCAAGAGAAAAAGGACUGCUUCAAAUGUGGAGAAUUUAGAAUCUGCUACUACAGGUCAAGGAACAAAUGAAGGCAAGAAGGCUUUGUACCAUUGUAAUUAUUGCAAUAAAGAUAUCUCAGGAAAGAUCCGCAUUAAGUGUGUACUGUGUCCUGAUUUUGAUCUUUGCCUGGAGUGCUUUUCUGUUGGAGCUGAGGUGACUCCACACAAAAGCAAUCAUCCGUAUAGGGUUAUGGAUAAUUUAUCAUUCCCCCUAAUAUGCCCAGACUGGAAUGCAGAUGAGGAGAUAUUACUUCUAGAGGGUAUUGAAAUGUAUGGAUUGGGGAACUGGGCCGAAGUUGCAGAGCAUGUUGGAACAAAAAGCAAAGCGCAAUGUACUGACCACUAUAAUGCUAUAUACAUGAACUCACCAUGCUUUCCUCUCCCGGACAUGUCUCAUGUUAUGGGAAAAAACAGAGAGGAACUCCUUGCUAUGGCUAAGGAACAAGGUGAAGCUAAGAAAGGAAUUGCUUCACCUGUGGAACUUACUCCGAAAGAAGAACCUCAACCAUCUGCAAGAGUCAAGGUUGAAGAUCAAAGGAAGGAUGGUCCAACUGGUAGAUCUUCUUCUACCAUAACUUCAGGUGUAGGUGCUGGUGGUAGCAAUGGUGUCAAAUCUGCUAGUGCAGUUAAGAGGGCAACUCAAAUUAAGGAUGGCCAUGAUGGAAUAAAAAUGGAAGACUCUCAUGCAGACAGGAGCAUUGGUGAGAAAAAACCUAGGACAUCUGGGGAUGAGGCACCUUCCAUGACUGAGCUAAGUGGUUACAACUCCAAGAGGCAAGAGUUUGAAAUUGAAUAUGAUAAUGACGCUGAACAGCUGCUGGCAGACAUGGAAUUCAAAGAAACAGACGCUGAGGCUGAACAUGAAUUGAAAUUAAGAGUGUUGCGUAUAUACUUGAAAAGGCUUGAUGAAAGGAAACGCAGGAAAGAUUUUAUACUGGAAAGGAAUUUACUUUUCCCUGAUCCUUUUGAGAUGAGCCUCUCCCAGGAAGAGAAGGAAAUAUGCCAGCGUUACAGGGUGUUCAUGCGAUUUCAUUCAAAAGAAGAGCACGAGGAACUGCUUAGGAGUGUCAUUGAGGAACACCGGAUUUUGAGAAGGAUACAAGACCUUCAGGAUGCUCGAGCUGCUGGCUGCCGCACAUCUGCUCAGGCUGAAAGGUAUAUUGAGCAAAAGGGGAAAAGUGAAGCUGGUGAAAGUGCUUGUAGGUUGAAGGACGGUGCUCAAGCGGGCCCUGGUGGUAAAUUUCUGCAAAGGGCAAACCAUCUUAAAAGUGAGCCUGAUAGCAGCCCUUGUGGAAAUGAACGGGGAUCCUCAGUAGCAGAAUCUGUUGGCAACGACUCUCAUUCAACAAAUGGAGGACAAGCUAUUUUGAGCUCCUUAGAUAAUUGGGAUGUCAUCGGAUUUCCAGGGGCUGACCUACUUUCUGAAACUGAGAAGCGGCUGUGUGGUGAGAUGAAGAUCCUACCUUCACAUUACCUGAGCAUUAUGCAAACCAUUUCUUUGGGGAUGUUAAAUGGAAAAAUUACCAAGAAAUCUGACGCUCAGAGUCUUUUCAAAGGCGUUGAUCCAAGCAAGUUAGACAGAGUUUAUGACACUCUUGUGAAGAAGGGUGUCAGUCAGCCAUGAUUGUGCAUGCCACCUGUGUUUUGUUGAAGUUCAUGGGCUUCGGGUUUCUGAAGUUCGAGCCAAUUUGGUCAUGGAUCCAUCAGUGUACGUCAUGUGAUCUGUUUGUCAAGUGCAAGAUCCUUCUGCAAGCAAGGCUUUGGCAAUGUUUCUUACUGGUGGGUGGCCUGGCCUCCUGCUGGCAGAAGAAGAGGGUUCUGAAACAGUCAGUGAGGCAUCUAUCUUGCGGGUAAUUCAGACUCGUUGUUUAAUACUGUUUGGUUAUCUGCUAGCCGUAGGAUAGAAUUUGGAACAGAAACUCAAAAUUACUUUCUUUUUCUGUUUUAUACCUGAAAACUGAUCCAAUAGUUAAAUGGAAAAGUUUACAUAGGUUGAAUCA